CUAUAUGUCUGGUGAACACUUCCAGAGAUGCUACAAAAGAGGAACGUCCCUUUAGUUUCCUUCCUUAUAGUUAAAAGUGGAAUUCAGUAGCCAUGUGUUGCUGGAGACAGUCAAAAGAGGAUGUUGAGCCUCAUGCUCUGAACAUCCCCCAGAUGUGAAGGACAGCUCUGCUGUAACAAAAAGGUCUAAAAUUCAGCUGCUACUAGGAAAGAAUUGUUGUGAGAGGAUUCAUCCGCUUGGAUACAUGGAAAAGAUAAAUGAUGGUGAGGGCCACCCAAGCAGCAGCCACCAAACCUUGAAAGGAACCUCGAAAUGGGCCAAGUCCCUGGAGAGCCUCCUCGAGGACCCCGAGGGAGUGAAACGGUUUAGGGAAUUUUUGAAGAAAGAGUUUAGUGAAGAAAACGUUUUGUUCUGGUUAGCAUGUGAAGAAUUUAAGAAAACACAGGGAAAAAAGCAGAUGCAGGAAAAAGCUAAAGAGAUUUACAUGACUUUCCUGUCCAGUAAAGCUUCCUCCCAAGUCAACGUUGAAGGGCAGUCCCGUUUGAGCGAGACCAUCCUGGAGACACCUCACCCUCUCAUGUUUCAGAAGCUCCAGGACCAGAUAUUCAAUCUCAUGAAAUAUGACAGCUACAGCCGCUUCCUGAAGUCAGACAUAUUCCUAAACCAUAAGAAGAGUGAGGAGCAAGAGGAGAACUCACCAGAGGCUCAGACUGCAGCCAAAAGAGCAUCAAGAAUUUACAACACAUGAGGCACAAUGGAUCUCUUCAGGAGAGGCAAUACAAUAAGGAAAUUACACUCAGGAACAGUCUAGGUUUAUAGCAGUUGCAUUUAGGGCUUGGAAAGCUCAAAACCUUUUUAGGAGAUACUUACCUUCUUAAUUGCUUGAGUGACUAAUUGUUUUUGCAUGAUAGCUAUUAAGCAAGCACCCAUGGAAGGACUGUUUCCCAGCUAAAAGGCUGAGCUAUUCCUCCAUAGCAUGAAUUGCCUUUCAUAUUUCACAAGUUAAAAUGCUUUCAAUUCUUUGUAUUUUCUUUUGUGAGGCAUCUUGGUGAUGAGGAAUGGGAGAUAGCGUGGUUGGGUUUUUAUUUUUGCCUUGUAAUUUUUAUUUGGGACUAGCUUUUACAUCUUGAACUGCUGGGAGAAGCAGUUGAGGAGUGCAUUUCACAUUAGUUUGUGGGUGAGUCAUUCACAGCAAAUUUAAUCAUAAAGGGACAGCAUCUUUCAGGGUUAAGCUCAGUAGAAUCCAAUCCCUUCCUGUGUGACUUUGUUCUUUCAGGGUGAUGUCUGUUUUGCUUUGCCUUUAUUGCUGAAUCAAAACACUUCCCUAGUCAUGAUUUUCAUUUUUGUAUCUCCUAAAUUUC